CCUAAAGAUGGAUAACCUGAAAUUCACGUUAGUGAUUUAUGUUAUACUUUGCUUAUGUGUACCACAAAGUUUAGGACAGAAUUGUCCCAGUACUAGGAAAAUAGGAGAAUCAAAUCCAUCGUCGAAAAAAGACAAAAUUGAUGCAUUUGGUACAGGACUGGGAAUUCUCCUAGACGCUACAGAUGAUGAAUACAAGAUCAACUGCUGUGGAGUGGUUGAGUCCUGGGAGUUCUACGUCAAAACCAACCCGGGUACCGUCCAGCUACAAAUAUGGCGGCCAGACGGUGCAGUGGGACAAUUCAAACUGGUCGGCCAAAACAGCUACACCGUAGAUUCCGGGAACGAAAACGCUGAACUUCUGUACAGUGUUCCAGCCAGCCAAAGAAUAUCCAUCCGCGACGGGGACUACAUUGGAUUCUACACGGCUGGAGACCCAAUGAUCUCACACAAGGUGGAGGGCGGCGCUUCGGAUGGAUAUACCUACAGUACCAGUAUAGGGGUCCUGACUGUGGGUAGUACCUUUGACUGGGGCUCCCAGACAUCAGACACCAGGAAGGAAUAUGCUAUACACGCACGUGUCGACCCGGGUAAUACACCAACUUUAUCUAAUUUGGACCAGACCGUAACUUUUCCGGAUAGCACGGCCGCAAAUACUCUGAUGUAUACCGUGACCUCUUCCGAUAACGAUCCACUGGACACCCUAACCGUUUCUAUGACAACGACUACCUCAUCGUUUUCCUUUGAUGCGGUUUCCGGAGAGGUUCGAAAUACAGGAGCACUUCCGCACGGAAACAAUGACCUGUCUUUCACUGUCACCGAUGAUUGUGGAAAUACAGACACCGGGACCCUCAGAAUAACAGUAACCAAUUCAGUCCCUGUCAUUAAUAAUCUACCAGCAACAGCGGAUAUUACGGAGGAUCACAUGACAGAACAGCUUCUCUACACUCUGGAUGUUACGGAUGCCUCCCUCGCAGACACUGUCAGCUGUACAAUCGCUAGUACGACCCCCUCCACAACGAAUUUCUUCUCCCGAAUAAACGCCGGAAGUACAAGUGUAUAUGGAAUUUACAUCAAGGCCCAGCCUAGCUUAUCUUACGACACUGCGCGGCAGUAUACACUGAUCAUCUCAUGCACUGAUACGAAAGACACAGCACAGGGGUCAUUCAUUGUCUACGUCACGAGGAACAACCCGCCUACGUUCGACAAUCUCCAAGCAACCACCAGUAUCACAGCCAGUAGCACCACCACAGGAACCACGAUCUAUACUGUGAAGUCAACCGACACCGACUCAAGUCAGCUGUACUACAACAUGACGUGUGUUCCAGCCAACUGUCCAUUCACCAUUCAUAACUCUGGAGAAAUACUUGCGACGGCCGACUUGUCGCAGCACACGGUCGCAGGUUACGAUCUUUACAUCUACGUCACCGAUGGCAAGACAUUGGUAGGACCACGAACCUUAACCGUUAUCCUGUUAGGGAUUAACACAUCUCCAGUAAUUACCAAUCUACCACUGGCUUCUCCCAUUUCCAUUCCGGAAAACUCCGCGCUGUCCGCUUCCGUAUUUCAGGUGUCUGUGUCGGAUGUCAACACGGGAGAUACUCACACCUAUACCGCCUCUUACAAUCCUGGGCUUGGCUCUACUCUCUUCUCCUUCAACACGGCAACUGGUCUAUUGUCAACGUCGUCGUCACAGAAUAUUAACUACGAAUCCAUAGUUUCAACCGCAACAACGUAUGUGAUAACAAUCACGGCGACCGACGGCCAAGCGACGGCGACGCAAACCCUUAGUGUCGCCAUAACAAAUCAAAACGAGGCUCCAGUGUUUGGGAAGGACUCUUACGCUAUUUCUGGGAACGAAGGUUUGUCGGGAUCGACAGUUGGUAAUCCUUCCUUUGACGUCACAGAUCCUGACUCCGGUGCCACGCUGACAUAUGCCAUCGACUGUCCAACAUUUAUUAUUAAUUCAAAUAGCGGAGUUAUUACAUUCAGCCAUGACUACGACCUGGAUGUAGCUGGAACCGCCAGUUCUAUCACGUGUACUGUUACAGUGAGUGACGGAGAUUUAAAAGACACAGCAUCAUUGGUUGUCACCAUAAAUGACGUAAACGAUAAUACGCCUACUUUUGGUAGCUCCGCCUACACAUUUUAUGCAAGUCCAGCCACAGGUGUUGGAACAGUUCUAGGCUCCAUCGCGGCCUCUGACGCUGAUAUUGGGGCUUUUGGCACAGUUUCAUACACAAUAGACCAAGUGGUGCUUGGAAAUGAAUACUUUGGAGUGCAAAGUAAUGGGGAUUUUUACGUCAAAAAUGGCCUGACUGCGUUUUCAUCUGGGACAACUUUAACGGUUACCGCCACGGUUGCAGACACAGGUGGAUUACAAGAUACCGCCACUGUCUCUGUCAUUAUCCCGGAAUCUACCACAGCGGCACCAACUACCACCACAGAUCGCCAUAUUACCUUCUUAGAAGACUCGCGCAACAUCGCUUGGUUGACGGUUGCUAGUAUUAUGUUGGCCGGUCUGCUUCUUUUCUGUGCAUACUUGAUAGUUCGAUUUGGAAGCUUUCCUUGUAAAAACGGAUCCUUCAAACCUAACGCCCACAAGGUGAACAGAUGGCCAAGGACAGACAGAACAGAAAAAGUCAAAUUAGCCAGAAAAAAGCAUGCAAAAAACCAUUGGAGGUAUGGAUUGGAAAACGCGCGUGAUAACAAGUACGGACAUUACAUAGUUAACCAUGUGUAACAACAUCUUUCGAUUGAUGAAUAAGAAGUUGUACAAACCUGGCGACUUACUCAAUGCGAGUACUAACUUUUAUACCAGUGUUCGAAAAAAAUAACAGUUGUUGUAUUUCAAUUAUUAUUGUAAAAGAAAUCUGUGGGAAAGGACAAAAAAAAGAAGCAAAAAUAUCAUUUAUUUCUCUAUAGUAGUACUUUGUAGUAUCAUGACGAUAUCUUCAAUAGUUAAAACAAGGAUUGUAGUCAUUAAAUUUCCUUUUAGACUGAUGGAGUGUUUUAGUGUUAUUUUUAAUUGAAUAAAAAAGUGUACUUACAUCGAAUUCGAUCAUUAUUUCC